AUGUCCUUGACCAUUAGCAGAGCUGAUCUUUCUGGAUCAAGAGAUGAAGCUUUAUCAAGUGUCCAUAAUCAAGGGUUUGAAGUAGUAACUCGCUCAACUACAGACAUCGCUGCAAGUUCGACCACAAAUACAUUGAUUGAUCAGUCAAGCGAUCCGUUACUGUCUUCCACCGCUCCAGGUUUUACAGGUGCAAACAUGGGAUCCAUCAGCGGGUGCACAUUCCAAAUAUUUCAUGGCAAUGUGAAAACUGUCCAGAAUGACAGGAAGCGUCGGAUUGUUAUCGAGAGCGAUGAGGACGAUUGA